GCUCCAAAUUCAAAUUUCCAUUUAUAAAUUUCCCUAAUAAAGUCUGUUACUUUCUCUCUCUCAAUCUCAAUAAUCUUUUCCACUGACGGCUGACAUAAUAUUCAUCAUCUUCACAUCACAUUUAUAUAUAAAAAAUUAAAACCCUAGCAAAAAAUUAGAAUAAAUAUAGAAGUAGACGUUGGGAAAGCUUUAAUGGGUCCAACUCAGAGAUUCAUUUUUUUCAGAUCAAAGAUUCAGUCUUUUCUGUACUAAAACAAUGAAGUUUUGAGCUUUAAAGACAAAGCGAAACCCCCCCACAUUUUAAAGUUUCUUUCUUUUCUGCUUAUAUCACUUUGUGUCUGAGUUACUAGGUGUUGCUUUGCUUCUCUGGACGACAAGAAACGGACCCAUUUGAGCCUCUGAGUCAGUGAUUCAAAUUCCCGAGUGAAUAUUAUCAGUGAACCCCAUUCUGGGUAGUCAGUUCACUCGAUAAAUAUUUCAGUUUUAAACCAAGAAAGCAAGAAGAGAAGGGUGAAAGAAAACAAAGGGUUUUGAGUAUAUAGAGAAAGAAAUGGGUGAAUCAGCUGUGCUUUUGAGAUCGUUUUCUCAUCCAUCUGACGCUUCUCGUGAAGCCAAAGAGGGUGAUCCUAUCUGUGCUCUGACAGAAUCAAUAUCAUUUGGGAGAUUUUUGUCAGAAUCUCUGGCUUGGGAGAAAUGGUCAACAUUUUCUCACAAUCGUUACUUAGAAGAAGUUAAGAUGUUUUCUAAACCAGGUUCUGUAGCUGAGAAGAAAGCAUAUUUUGAAGCUCAUUAUAAGAGAAAAGCUGCCAUGAAAGCAGCGGCAAUUGAGGAAGCAAAAUCAGCUGCUAGUGAUGUCCCUGAUUUAAAACAUACAAGUGAAGUUCACAAUGACUCCCCCAUGGAUAUGGAGUCAGUAAAAGCAAACAGCCACCUGGUCAUCAACGAACAACAAGAACAAUGUAUUUCCAAUGCUGACAAUGACUCUUCAAUGGAUUCAGAGUUAGCAAUGAAAAAAAAUGAUGUAGUUAUUGACAAACAAUGUGAAAAUGAUCUUCCUGAUACUGAGGUAGCCUAUUCUGUUGAUGGAGAUGCGUGCAAUUCUGACAAUGCAAAUAAUGAGGUAGAAAAUUCUGAUUUGGAAGGAGCUGCACUAGUAACAGAAUGUGCUGUCAAUGUGGAGAAUCCUCUCCAAGCUGAUAACUUGAAGCAGAUUCAGGAUGUUGAAGUCCUGAAGGAGAUUGUGUCUUCCCCUGUUGAAAACAUGCUCAAUAAGGAAGCUGUAGAUAAAGAGAAUUCAGUUUCAUUGGGCAAGAAAAAAGGGUCAAGUUGCUUAGUGAAGUCAUCAACUCAAAGUAGAGAAUCAGGACUGGCAUCACAUCCCAAACAAGCUCGCUCAUUACCACCUAGAAAUGUAAAUAAUGUUACCAAGGAGUUUGUUGGAGGCUUGCCCAAGAAAAAGAGGGUAGUUCCAAAAACCCUCCAUAUGUCAAUUAAUUUCACUUCUCAUGCUAGUGAACCCAGUAAAGGUUCCCCCAAAAUACCCAAAGACAGUUCAACUCCUAUACGAAAUCCAAUCAGAGCUUCUGUUAAUGGGGUAUCCAAGCAUCUUUCCAAAAUUUUCCAGUCAGAAGAUAAAAGGUGUAAAGCACUUCUCAAUAAGUCAGUUUCAGGAGGAAUGGCUGAAGUUGGGAAAUUUCGUUCCCUUUCUACUGAUGGCUCAGAAUCUGCAAAAACCAAUGGAAGCAAAGUACGAUCUCCAAAUAUAUCCUCUACUUUUAGCUUCAGGAGUGAAGAAAGAGCAGCAAAAAGGAAAGAGUUUUUUCAGAAGCUGGAAGAGAAAAGCAAAGCAAAGGAAGCAGAAAAGGCACAAGUGGAAACUAGAUCGAAGGAGAAAACAGAGCAUGGCAUUAAAGAACUGAGGCAGAGUACUGGCUUCGGUGCUAUAAAAAAUGAACAUUUAAAUUGUCGAUCUAAUUUCCAGAGUAAUCUUGCAAAAGAGGGUAAAGCAGAGCAUAAUGCUGAAAAGCCGAGGCAGAGUGCUGGCUUCAAAGCGAAACUAAAUGAAGAUCUGUGUUGUGGUUCACCUUCCCUGAACAAUAGAAAGAAGAAGAUCCCUCUUACUCAGCCUUGGUCACCCAAACGUGGAGGGAAGCCAACUCCAACUGCGGUCCAAGAUGCAAGCUCUCGGCCUCCAAGAAUACCUUCAAUUAGUGAAGAGAGGUCCAAGCACAUUAGGGAGCAAAAUUACAGUAUCACAACUAGUUCAGUCACUUCUCUGCCGAAAUUUGUGAGGAAGAAAACUUCUAACACUGUCCAGGUUGCGAGUACUAGACCACCAUGGAGGUCUUCAAUGAGUACUGCAAACUUUAAGCAUGUUAUGGAGAAAAAUAUCCGGAGCACAACUCUAUCAGUCACUUCACUGCCAAAGAAGAAAUCACAUGAGAAUACUUCUCCAAAUAUCCAGUGUUGAAAUUUCACUAUAGAGGGUGUUCUGUAUAGGCUUGCCCUUGGAGAAGUAUUGGAAACCUAGAACUACUUGUGUCAAUUACUCUUUUUUGGGGAUGAAAAAUAACCUUUAUGGUGUUAAACACGAUUCAGAUUAGAGUCGAUGUUAGAGGAAAUUUGUAAUUUCUGUUGAGGGCUGCUUUCAACAUCAAUAAGAAGUCAAAUUUGUGUAGUAGUCCCAUUACCUGUUGUUAUGGUCAUUUAUGAACAAAGAGUUUUUUGUGGUGCAGUUA